AUGACACAUGCUCCAGCAGCGAAACGUAAAGAUGCUGAGGAGGCAGUUGAGAGACCUAAACAUCCCGACAUUGAUGGAGGUUGGGGAUGGUAUGUUGUACUUGCCAGCUUCGCGAUUCACAUAGUCACCGAUGGCGUCACUUAUACACUUGGAAUUUUCUAUGUGGAAUGGCUGGACUAUUUUCAGUCAGGAAAAGCAGAAACAUCGUGGAUUGCAUCCAUUCUUGUUGGUGUCACAUUAUGCUCGGGUCCCAUUUCAUCUGGUUUUGUUAACAAAUAUGGAUGUCGUGCAGUAACAAUUGCUGGUACGAUAAUUGCAGGCGUGUGUCUAUUGCUUAGCGUUUUUGCUAAAAAUGUCUUCACGCUGUACAUUACAAUUGGUUUUGGUGUAGGAUUUGGUUUCGGUAUGAUUUAUCUCCCAGCUAUUGUUAGUGUCACGAUGUAUUUUGAAAGACUGAGAUCAUUGGCAACAGGUAUUGCUGUGUGCGGUUCAGGCUUUGGUACUGUUAUUUUCGCUCCACUUACACAAUUUUUAAUUGCUCGAUAUCAAUGGCAAGGAACUCUCAUUUUCAUCGCUAUUAUCACAUUCUUUUGUGCUGUAUUCGGAUGGAUGUUUAGGCCACUUGAUCCUGAAGGUUAUGAGAAUCCAGCAAUUGUUGAACCUGAAAGUCCAGUGUCAAAUAACAACAAUAAUAACAAUAACAUUAAGUACAAGACAGAAAGUAUUCAGGAAGAAAAUAAGAAUUUACUUGCACCACCGCCUUAUACUCAAAUUGUUCGAUCACUUAGCGUUGGCCAUGAAACAUUCGCAACGAAAACUAAUGGAAAAUCACAAAAUGGACAUGCUAAUAAAAAUGGAGAUGAAAAGUCUCGAUUAGCAACCAGCCUUAGUCAGCCAUUGUUACACGAUCCUAAUAACGUUGGAUGGCACAUUAAGAAGUCUAACAGUGGUCAAUUAGAUAGGCCUGAUGCUUUCUAUAUGGGAUCUAUCCACAACAUUGCACGACAACGUUCAGAAUUAUCACUUCAUGCAACUGAUCGAUAUGGUUCAAUGAGAAGACGUUCAAAGAAUGAAGAAAUUGAGCAAUUACAAAUUUGUGGCUGUAUACCAUGUUCUGAAGAAACGCACGACACUAUCAAGAAAAUGAUGAGCUUUGGACUUUUAAAAGAUCCCGUUUUUGUUCUCUUUGUUGCUUCUAAUUUCCUCACAAGUAUCGGUUUCAACAUGCCUUAUGUCUAUUUAGCAGCGCAAGCUGAAACUUUGAGUAUUGAUAAGCAAUACGCAAGCUUUCUCAUUUCAACAAUCGGUGGUGCAAAUACAUUGGGACGUAUCAUUUUGGGCUAUAUAUCCGACAAGCCAUGGAUUAAUAGACUUCAUGUGUACAAUCUUUGCCUUACAAUUUGUGGUGCUGCAACUAUAAUGUCCGUAAUGUGCUUUGAAUUUUGGGGACUUGCAGUUUAUUCUGCUGUUUUUGGGUUCACAAUUGGUGCCUAUGUUGGACUUACUUCCGUGAUUUUAGUAGACUUAUUAGGACUUGAUAAUCUAACAAAUGCCUUUGGUCUUUUACUUAUGUUCCAAGGAAUUGCUUCUUUUGUUGGACCUCCAAUCGGAGGGUGGUUAUAUGAUAUAUCAGGAAAAUAUGAGCCUGCAUUUGUUCUUGCAGGUGUUGCUAUUGCUAUUAGUGGAUUAAUUUUAUACUUUAUACCACCAUUACAACGGUAUGUAGCUAGAAAAGAAGAAAAUCGUACAAAUUUGUCGCUGAGAGAAUUAUAG